GAAAUUGUCAGUGCUAUGACCCGUGGGGUAUCUAAUUUUCAAAUAAACAAUUUGUUUAGACGCUUGUCGAAAACCAAUGGAGAUCUUCGUCUGUCAAACAGUAUUGUAGCUCCUGCUGUUGUUAAUAAUUCCGUUUGGAGCGCCAAUUUCAAGUUAACCCCAAAUAUUGUAUCAGUAACAAGUAGCUAUUGUCAUUUGCACCAAUUUAGAGAGAUGGCAACUCAAGCAGAAGCGAAGAAAACGAAUAGACUAGUAUUAGAAAAAUCUCCUUAUUUGCUUCAACACUCCACAAAUCCAGUGGAUUGGUAUCCUUGGGGACAGGAAGCUUUCGACAAAGCAAAGGCAGAAAACAAGUUAAUUUUUUUGUCGGUGGGCUAUUCUACAUGUCAUUGGUGCCAUGUGAUGGAAAAGGAGUCGUUUGAGAAUGAAUCUGUAGCCGAAAUAAUGAACAAACACUUUGUUAACAUCAAGGUCGAUAGAGAAGAGCGACCUGAUGUAGAUAGAUUAUAUAUGUCUUUUGUACAAGCUACUGCAGGUAGUGGUGGUUGGCCUAUGUCUGUGUUCCUCUCUCCAGAUUUAGAACCUGUAGCAGGAGGCACUUAUUUCCCACCUGAAGAUAUGUAUGGAAGACCAGGCUUCAAGAGCGUCUUAAAGGAUCUUGCCAAACAGUGGAAUACCAAUAGAUCCAAGAUGGAAGCUGCUGCAAAGAAAAUAAUCGGUAUUUUAAGGAAAAUGGAGGUGAAAGAAACAACGGAUGGUCAAAGCAUACCUGGAGAAGAUGCUUGGAAGACUUGUGUUUUGCAAUUAACCAGAAAUUACGAAUCAGAUUAUGGUGGAUUUAGUACAGCUCCCAAAUUUCCACAACCAACCAACUUUAACUUCCUGUUUCACAUGUAUUCUAGAAACAAACACAGUGAACAAGGCUAUGCCUGCUUAGAGAUGUGCCUACACACACUAAAAAAGAUGGCCUAUGGUGGGAUUCAUGAUCAUGUUAACAAAGGUUUUGCAAGGUACUCAGUUGAUGCUAAAUGGCAUGUGCCACACUUUGAGAAAAUGCUUUAUGAUCAAGCCCAGUUAGUUGUUUCUUACUGUGAUGCCUAUCUUCUUACAAAAGAAGAAUUUUAUGCUGAUGUUGUUAGAGAUAUCCUCACCUAUGUCUCUAGAGACUUGAGCCAUCCACUUGGGGGUUUCUAUGGAGCUGAAGAUGCAGAUUCUUAUCCAUACGAAGGUGCUGCACAUAAGCAAGAAGGUGCCUUUUGUGUUUGGGAAUAUGAUGAGAUAUUUAACCUAUUAAAUGAAAAAACUGACAAUAUAUCCCAUGCUGAACUAAUAGAAUACCAUUACAAUGUUAAAAAAGAAGGAAAUGUUAGGCCUUCACAAGAUCCUCAUGGAGAAUUAACAAAAAAGAAUGUAUUAGCUUGUUUUGGAUCAUAUGAGAGCACAGCUAACAAGUUUGGAACAACUGUGGAAAAAGUUAAGCAAAUCUUAGAAAAAUGUCAUGAAAUUUUGUAUUUGGAAAGACAAAAAAGACCUAAACCACAUGUAGAUACGAAAAUCUUGACAUCUUGGAAUGGGUUGAUGAUUUCUGGAUAUGCUAGAGCUGGUUUUGCUUUAAAAGACCAGGCAUAUAUAGAUCGGGCAAUAAAAGCGACCAGUUUCAUCAAAAAAUAUCUCUAUGAUGAAAAAGAAAAGAAUCUUAUAAGGUGUUGCUAUAAAGAUGAGUCUGGUGGUAUUACUUUGGGCAACAUGCCUAUAUCUGGCUUUAUAGAUGACUAUGCCUUUCUCAUUAGAGGUUUAUUAGAUUUAUAUGAAGCAUCUUUGGACGCAGAAUGGCUACAAUGGGCAGAGACUUUACAGGAAACUCAGGACAACAAAUUCUGGGACAGCAAAAACAGUGGCUACUUUACCAGUGCAGAUGACGAUACAAGCAUCUUAGUACGUGGUAAAGAAGUGCAGGAUGGAGCUGAACCUUCAGGAAACUCAGUUUCCGUACACAACCUUCUUAGAUUGUCUGUAUAUUUACAUAGACAAGACUUACAUCAAAAAGCAGAGAAGAUACUGAAGGGAUUCAGUGAUAUGUUGGAGAGAGUUCCUAUAGCAUUACCAGAAAUGACUUCCGCUUUGUUGUUUUACCACAAUUCCCCCACUCAGGUCUUCAUUGCUGGUGCCAAAGAAGACACAAACACCCAAGCUCUACUAGAUGUCCUCCGUUCGCGCUUCAUCCCCGGCAGAAUUCUAGCCGUAGCCGACGGUCCCACAGGUGCAGCCGGUCUCCUAUACCGCCGGCACGAGCACCUUUCACACAUGCGCCCUGUCGGCGGAAAACCGGCAGCGUACGUGUGUAGGAAUUUCGCGUGCGCUUUACCGCUUACGGAACCGGCAGAGCUGGCAACGUCGCUGGACAGCGGAAACGGCAACAGCCACAAAAAGUGUGAUGGAGAGAAGGAAUCUCAAGGAAACAGGUCUAGUGAUGGUACCAAGUAAAAAUAUUUAUUCUUUUAUUAUAUUAUGCUCUUGAAAUUAUGUUUUAUAUGUAUAUAUAAGGGAUUGUAUAUAUUUAUUGAACAGGUUGUUACAAUAUUAAAUAUACUGGUAUAAAUU